CCGCCGGAGGCGCCAGGUCUACGCCGCGCUGGCCGCGCACGCGCAGUGAGUUGGCGGGAGUUUCGGAAGUAGCGGGUGUGAUCCGGAACCCGGAGCUGAACUAACAAGAGGACCCGUUGUGGUGGCUCCCGGUGUCUACAGAUUCUCUAUCCAGGAUGGCUUCAGUGACAGGAUCAGAAGAAGAGGAACCAGUGAUGUCUGAGGCUCAUGAUCAAUUGCCAUCAAGUCUCAACAGUGUGGAAGUGUUUGCCAAGUCCUCUGCUGCCCCAGAGAUGACUGAAGACAUUUCUAAGGACAGAAAUCAGCUUGGCUGUAGUCCUGAAGAUGGGGAAAGUUGUGAUGCCAGCCACCAGGAAGGACUUCAAUUGAGGUCAUUUUGUUUGUCCCCUCAAGAACAGUCUGUCUGUCAUCAAGACAGGAGGCAGUCCUGGCGACGAGCAAGUAUGAAGGAAGUAAACCGACGGAAGUCACUGCCUCCCUUUCACCAGGGCAUCACAGAGCUCAGCAAGUCCAUCAGUGUGAACUUAGCGGAAAGCAAACGGCUUGGCGUCCUCCUGCUGUCCAGCUUCCAGUUCUCUGUUGAAAAACUUGAACCUUUCCUGAGGGACACUAAGAGCUUCAGUCUGGAAGGUUUUAGAGCAAAAGCCUCUUCUCUUUCUGAAGAAUUGAAACAUUUUACAGACAAACUUGAAAGUGAUGGAACUCUACAAAAAUGUUUUGAAGACUCAAAAGAAAAAGUACCAGAUUUUUCUCUGGAAACAUCAGUGGCUGAGAUGAAGGAAUAUAUGACAAAGUUUAAUUUAGAAUGUCAUGCUUGGGAUGAGCUUUUACUUCGCUACCAGAAGGAGGCUCCACCAGAAGAGAUGCACAGAGAGACAGCUGAAACCAAAAUCACUGAAGUCAAAGUGGAUCCUACAACAUUUCUUGGGUCUUCCCAGAAAGACAUUCUUAACACAAAGCCUGACUAUCAGAAAAUAUUACAGAACCAGAACAAAGUCUUUGAUUGUGUGGAGUUGGUGAUGGAUGAGCUGCAAGGAUCUGUGAAGCAGCUGCAUGCCUUUAUGGAUGAAAGUACUCAGUGCCUCCAGAAGGUCUCAGUACAACUUGAGAAAAGUAGCAUGGAGCAAGUAGAUUCUUCACCUGCUCGGAAACUGCUGAAACUUCACCUGCCGUACUCAUCUAGCACAUAGUGAUCAGUAUAUUGUCAGUGACCUACUCAUAAUUUCUGCCACAAAAUGCCAGAGGAGAGGACUCGGAAGCAUGCCUCAGCACAUGGUGACUUCACAGCAGUCUCAGCUGGGAAGUUCUUUGCUCUUGUCCUUCGGGAUAACUAGCUGACUACAGAGCACUUUAGCUGUUUUCUAAGUGAUAGCAUUUAUUUAUGCACCCAGAAAAAUGUUGUUAGAGACACUUCACUUUUUCCAGCAGUGUGCAAGAUGCUUGAAAUGGCCUUCAGAACCAGUAGAUGAUUCUUUUAAAUAGACUUCAUGGUCAGAAAUCUUCAUCCCAUGAAGACUUUUUCAAGUUUUAAAACAACCCAAAGUCAUUUGGGACCAAAUUUAAUGAAAAUUUUAGGAGCCAAGUUGGGUUCUUGUCAGAAAAGCAUGAAACUAGUUUUCUGUGUGGCUCUGAAACUGAGCACUGAGUGUUGUUUGUGUUAUGGGGAUAUAUACAUUACUUCACAAAAUGUCCAUUUUUGUGAAGAAAAUACUACUCAUUUUCUGUGUCCUGAUAGUAGUGUGCUUCAGUUUUUAAUAUCGAAUUGACCUCCUGUAGUCUUAAUUUCAUAGCAAAAGGGUUCAGAUUAUAUAAUUUUCUCCUUCUUACUCCCAAGGAGAGGGAAAACAAACUGAUGAGAUCUCAUCAGUUUGCUCUGUCAACAGGAUAGAUUGCCUGUCUUCAAAGGUGAUUAUGCCUUCCUCCAAUUUAAUACAUUCUACUCCAUGUUUUGUUUUUAAGUGUUUAUUCAAACUUGGGAGUAAGAAAUGUUUGGUGUCUUCAACAGCUAAAAAGGCUAGAACAUUUAAAAACAUAAAACAAAACAAAAAAACUACUUAGGAUUCCAGCACUUGAGAACUAGAGACAAAAAGAUCAGGAGUUGAAGGCUAUCCUUGGCUACAAUAGCAAGUUACAGGCCAGUGUGGACCUGAUGAGACCUGUCUCAGAGUAAUAUUUCCUGAGUUUUAAGCAUUCUUAGUGCUUAUCACAACAUUAUGAGAUAGCUUCUUGGUUUUGGUUUUUGAUUUUUUUUUUUUUAAUUUAUAGAUGAGGAACUCGGGCAUUGGAGGUACUUAAUAAUUUAACCAAGGACACAUAGGUAGUGGAGGGUGAACUUGAGCCCGUUUGGCACUCAGUAAAUGUUAACAAAUGAACAUAACUCAUAUAAUAAAAGACUGCUUAAUAUUAGGUUUCCUUUACUUAAAUUGGUCUGGGAAUUGUGCCUGAUGAAUGACAUUAUUACUGUUCUUAAAAUGUUUGGUUGCAUUUGUUUAUUCCAUUUUCCCUAAGAGAAUAUCCUUUAGCAGUGAUGCUUAGUGUUAAUAAAAUAGUAGACUGAUAA